AUGCAGGGGGUUGGCCGAGCCACAGCGCUCCUCUUUGCAAAGAAUGGCUACAACGUGGUGAUUGCAGCUCGCAAUCCAGAGAAGUUGAAAGCAGCCGAGGCAGUGCUCGCAGGGGCUGUCACGGGAGGCAGAGUCUGCUCAGCAGUUCCCACUGACAUCACUGAUGAGCAGUCGGUUGCAAGAUUGGUGGAUGAUGUUACUGCGAGAUAUGAGUGUGUGAGCGUUCUCAUCAAUUGUGCGGGGGUGUGUUUAAGUGGGACAUUGGAGAGCACUUCCAUUUCAGACUAUGUUGACCAGAUGAAUGUAAACUUCAUCGGAGCGGUGACCAUGACGAAGGGGUUCCAGCCAGCACUCAUGGCAGCAGCGGAAAAAGGGAAGCCAGUGCUGGUGAAUGUCAACUCGUUUGGGGGGCGAAUCCCCCUUCGCAACAUGGCCGCCUACACAGCAUCCAAGUUUGCUCUUGCCGGCUUCACAGACGCCAUCCGCCCUGAGUUUGCAGACCUGGGCAUCCACGUAGCGCAAGUGCACCCAGGGGUGAUCAACUCAAACUUCAUGGAGCGGGCGGGUUUCCGGGGGCCCAAGGGGGAGCAGGCGCGGGCAGUGAUGGAGAAAAUGCUGAAGGAGCCGCCGCCAGGCAUUGUGCAGACACCCGAGGAGGUGGCCGCGCAGGUGUUCGCUGCAGUGCAGGGCCGCAAGGAUGAAGUCAUGGUGGGGCCGGCCUACAAUGCCAUCAAUGCGCUGUACCGCUCUUUGGGCGUCAAUCCGUUCUCUGUCGCGCCCCCAUGA